AUGCAAAGAACUGCUUCUGCCAUACUCGAAAGGAGAGCACAACGACUGGCUCGGAGAUGGAAAAAACAUGAAAACGCAAUCUAUGAUAUCUUUACGGUAGCUCUGGCAUUUCUUGAUGUGCAAGACCAAUUCAUGAAUUUAGUGUUGGUGAACAAGUGGUUUUAUGAUUACAUUCAUGAAUGCAUGAAAAUGAUUCAAGUGGUGGAAUAUCCGUUUGAAAAUCAAAGGCCUCUCAAUGGAUUUUUAUAUAAAUUAUAUCUUGUUAAGAAUGGAAGCCAUCUACAAUUUCAAGAUAUUGAACCCGGAGAGGAAGAUGAAGAAAUGAACGAAAUUGAUCAUCAAAUGAAUCAUCAAUUAAAUAUUACGACUACUACAAUUCCCCCACCUCCAACCUCUCAACCACAAAUAUACAUCUUGGAAAGGCUCUUCUAUCCCAUGCCUGGAGUGUACGACCCAAAUGACACUCUACCUCAACUUUUAAAAGAAGUUCCGAAAUUUAAGAUCAGAGAGGUUGUUUUAUAUACCCAUUAUGGAAAAAAGUAUGGAUUUCAAAUACCAAAAGUUUGCAAUUACAUUGGAAAGAAUAUUGAGAGAUUUUUGUUCCUUGAUUGUGCUCAAGUUCAGAACGAUUUUGUCAUGGUGAAACCAAAUUUGGUGCAGAAUUGCAUAACCAUCAACACAGUAUUCAUUGGAAAUGAACCGCUCAUUGAUACUCGUAAGAUGGAUAUUGACUCGGUCUUAUACAUGAUGGAAACAUAUCAACUAUUCUCAUUGUCGCCUCUUAAUUUUCAAUUUUCCACAAAGGAAAUUAAGGAAUAUAUUGCAUUUGAUUCACACGGCAGCGUACAAACUUCCAACAAUUUAUGGAAAGCGAUUACGAAACAUCCUAAGCUCUAUCCCUAUUUGCAAAACGUGUUUCAUACACUUGGACUCUAUUAUUUCGAAUCUAUAUAUUCUGAAUUAUCAAACAUUGUGGAAACUAAUUUUCGAGUUUUCUGCGAUAAGUGGACACAAAAAACACAAAUUCGAAAAAAUCGAAUUCAAUUUAUUAUCAGCUCAGUCAUCAGACAGGAAAAAACCAUUUCAGAUUUUGUGACAAUUGCAACAAAGAUUGAUGAAUAUUUGGAAAAAAGAAAACGAUCAGCUGUUGAAAAGGUGAAACUUGAAAAUCUCGCUCAUUGGAUCAAACAACAUGCGCUACAUGUAAAGUUCACACUCAAUUCAAUACCGGGCCACUUAUUCCUUUAA